AUGGAUAGCCCUUUGAACGGCGACGAAAAGGACACUCGGACUCCGUUCAGGAGGUUCACCAGCUCUAUAACAUGGCCUUGCUACACAGUCGCGCUCAGUUUCGGAGGAGUGGCUGCUCUCCUAAAGCAGACUCCUAAUAGGUUUACCGGCCUCGAUGUCAUCGGAAUCAUUAUUUUCAUGGUGUCCUUGACGGUUUUCACCAUUGUGUCGAUGUGUAUGAUGUUCGAGUCGCUGAUGACCCUCAAGCAAUCAACCAAAGUGACCGAGCCAGCAAUCUCCGCACAAUUCUUUCGCUACAAAGCGCCGCAGGAAUUGUUUCUCGUGCCAUCCUGUCUGCUCGCGUUCGCGACCAUUCUCAUAAACACUACCAGCUAUGCGACGCCGCAUGUCGGGGAAUGGCUUCCCAUCCUCAUGAACAUUCUCUUUUGGGUAUACACCGGGAUUGCGCUGGCCGUUUCCAUCCUCCUCGGCUGGCGCCUGCCCGCCUCGGGCACCAGCACCGACAAACAUUUCGCCAUAGUUCGCAUCAUGCCCUUCUUCCCGCCCAUGCUUUCCGGCACCCUGGCGGCCACCAUGGCGAACAGUCAGCCGCCGUCGCGCGCCAUUCCCAUGCUCAUCGGCGGGACGACGAUGCAGGGACUGGGCUUCCUCAUGUUUCUCAUGGUCCUCGCGCAAUGUCUCAUCGAGCUAAACGACGAAGGCCUUCCCGAGGCGUACUUCCGCCCGGAAAUGUUCAUCACCGUCGGCCCGCCCAGUUUCACUAUCAUCGCCUUCAUCGGCAUGGCCACCGCCGCCGUCGAGAAGUUCCCGGAGCACUAUAUCUCCCAGGCGACGUCCGUCCGCACAGCCGACGUGUUGCUCAUCGUGGCGGUCUUCGCGGGCAUUCUGCUCUGGACGUUAGCGUUUUUCCUCUUUAGCGUGUCGUUGAUUAGCGUGUUGCAGGGUCUCUGGAAACGAGAGAGCAGUUUUGGUUUGCUCUGGUGGAGUAUGGUCUUUCCGAAUACCGGGUUCGUUUUGGCCACGGCGAAGAUCUCGUCGGCAUUGAGCUCCGUCGCGAUCGGGUGGGUAGCCACAGCAAUGACGAUAUUGCAGGUGGCCUUGUUAUUGACGAUGACGGCGUUCCAGUCGAGGGACUUGCUGAUGAAGGGGAUCGAGAUGUUUAGGUAG